AUGGUGCCCCCCUCAAACCCUCACCACAGAGGGUGCAUCCCCUGGCAGGAGCUCCUGCUCACAGUCUCACUUUUAACCUUCUGGAACCCACCCACCACUGCCCAACUCGCUGUGGAAUCCAUGCCAUCCAAUGUUGCAGAGGGGAAGGAUGUUCUUCUACUUGCCCACAACCUGCCACAAGAUCAUAUUGGCUACAAGUGGUUCAAAGGGAGAACACUGGAUGGGAACCAUCGAAUUGCAACAUAUGUGAUAGACAGUAAAGCACAAACCCCAGGGCCUGCGUAUAGCGGUCGAGAGACAAUAUACCACAACGGAUCCCUGCUUUUCCGGAACGUCGCAGAGCAGGACACAGGAUCUUACACUCUAGAAAUUUUAAAGAAAAAUCUUGACAAUGAACAAGGAACUGGCCAGUUCCACGUACAACUGGAGUUACCUAAACCCACCAUCACAAGCAACAAUUCCAGCCCCUUGGAAGACAAGGACUCUGUAGUCUUAACCUGUGAACCUGAGACUCAGGACACAACCUAUCUGUGGAGGAUAAAUGGUCAGAGCCUCCAGGUCAGUCCCGGGCUGCAGCUGUCCAAGGACAACAGGACCCUCACUUUAUUCAGUGUCACAAGGAAUGACCCAGGACCCUAUGAGUGUGAAACCCAGAACCCAGUGAGUGCCAGACGCAGUGACCCAUUCACCCUGAAUGUCCUCUAUGGCCCCAAUACUCCCACCAUUUCUCCCCCAGACUCCCAUUACCAUUCAGGGGCAAACCUCAGGCUCACCUGCUACACCGUCUCUAACCCACCAGCACAGUAUUCUUGGCUGAUUGAUGGGAAGCUCAAGCAAUCCACACAAGAGCUCUUUAUCUCCAAAAUCACUAAGAAGAAUAGCGGAUCCUAUACCUGUUUAGUUCGUAACUCGGCCACUGGCCACAAUAGGACCACAGUUAUGAUGAUCACAGUCUCUGUGGAGCUACCUGAACCCUCCAUCACAAGUAGCAACUCCAACCCCGUAGAGGAUAAGGACUCUGUAACCUUAACCUGUGAACCUGAGACUCAGGACACAACCUACCUGUGGUGGAUAAAUGGCCAGAGCCUCCCGGUCAGUUCCAGGCUAAAGCUGUCCAAGGACAACAGGACCCUCACUUUACUCAGUGUCACAAGGAUUGACUCAGGAUCCUAUGAGUGUGAAAUGCAGAACCCAGACAAUGCCAGACGCAGUGACCCGGUCACCCUGAAUAUCCUCUAUGGCCCAGACACCCCCACCAUUUAUCCCCCAGACUCUUCUUACAGUUCAGGGACAGAUCUCAGGCUCUCCUGCUAUGCAGCCUCUAACCCACCUGCACAGUAUUCUUGGCAUAUUGAUGGGAUGCCCCAGCAGUUCACACAUGAGCUCUUUAUCUUCAGCAUCACUACAAAAAAUAGUGGGACCUAUACCUGCCUCGCCCAUAACUCAGCCACUGGCUAUGAAAGGACCACAGACCGGAAAAUCACAGUCUCUGCGGAGUUACCUAAACCCUCCAUCACAAGCAACAACUCCAGCCCCGUGGAGAACAAGAACUCUGUAGCCUUAACCUGUGAACCUGAGACUCAGGACACAGUCUACCUGUGGUGGAUAAAUGGUCAGAGUUUCCCGGUCAGUCCCAGGUUGGAGCUAUCCAAGAACAACAGGACCCUCACUUUACUCAAUGUCACAAGAAAUGACGCAGGACCCUAUGAGUGUGGAAACCAGAACCCAGUGAGUCGCAACCGCAGUGACCCAGUCACCCUGAAUGUCCUCUAUGGCCCGGAUGCCCCCACCAUUUCCCCCCCAGACUCAACUUACCGUCCAGGGGCAAACCUCAAUCUCUCCUGCCACGCAGACUCUAACCCACCCGCACAGUAUUCUUGGUUUAUCAAUGGGAGUUUCCUGCAAUCCACACAAGUGCUCUUUAUCCCCAACAUCAAUGUGAAUAAUGGUGGAUCCUAUACCUGCCUCGCCAAUAAUUCGGCCACUGGCAACAAUAGGACCACAGUCAAGAUUAUUGCAGUCUCUGAUUUAUCACAAGGAAGUUCUCCUGGCCUCUCAGCUGGGGCCAUUGUUGGCAUCGUGAUUGGAGUACUGGGUGGUGUGGCUCUGAUAGCAGCCCUGGUAUAUUUUCUGCAUUUCAGGAAGACUGGCAGGGCAAGCGACCAACGUGAUCUCACAGAACACAAACCCUCAGCCUCCAACCACAUUCAGGGCCAUUCUGACAACUCACCUAACAAGCCCGAUGAAGUUGCUUAUUCUUCCCUGGACUUCAAAGCUCAGCAACAAACACAACCAACUUCAGCCACCCCAUCCUCGAAAGUUACAGAAACAAUUUAUUCAGAAGUAAAAAAGAAUUAAUGCAACCUGUCCUGCUCACUGCUCUGCUGACGUAUUCCAAGUCUCACCCUCAUCACUAGAAGACAAAAAAGACCCUCAGGAAAAAAGGAAAGAAGUCUUCCCUACACUUUCUUCCCUAAUGGGCACCCCUAGACUGCCAGGUCACAGCCCUUCCCUCAGUGU